UAUACUUUGCGUAGAUAAUUAGCGAGCGAGGUUUCUUUGUCGAACCACGAGUCUCAGUCUGGAUUGAUACUACUGGCACAGAGCGACAUUUGUUGCUCCAAGCGCCUUCAACAUUUUCCAAUUUCAAUGUUCAUCUGCUAAGAUCUAAACUGCGUUGCCUGUCCUUCACUGCCCUUUCAUCAAUUUCGAGCUUUCAAACAUUCGCAUCAACGUUGACUAUCGGUGUUCAAGUGGCGCUACCCAAAUGAAAACUCUUUCGAACGGCAUGCCAUGACUAACCAAUGAGCAUUCGCUACUUCUCUUCGCAACUAACAGCCGAGCAUUUCACUAGCGACUUGCCAGUAGUAUUCCCUAGCGUGGGACGAGCAGAGAGCAGAGAAAUUCUAUUUUUCACUUCUGUGAUUGUUAUCGACUCGUCGUUGUUAUGACUUGCGAUUUUUUAUGUUGUCUUGAAACCUAGACAAAUCUGUCGGGCCAAUGGACGAGGACGAGACGCAACGAUCCAGCAAUUGUUUUCGCUCUUUCUCGGGAUGUACUUCACGUAGAUUGAUUUCCGAAUGCUCCGUACCGAGGCGCUUUCGAAUGCGCAAUACUUGCCUUUAUCGAGUUUUUCUAGACUAUUUUGACGAUCGAAUGCGAGCUGCAGGAGAAAAAGCACUGAGCAGGCUUUACGAGUGCUCUUGUUGAAUAAUAUUCUGCAAUCCGAGAGAAUGAGUACAAUAAGUAUAAGCGUUAAUCUAGAAAUCAGUGCGUCAUUAGGUUUUACGUGCAAUUACUUGAACGUCUUAUCGAGUAUUCGCAAGAAUGCCACAAAAUCCACUGCUGUUUUUAAUAUCAAGAAUUUUUUUAACCUACAAGGAUAUCAAUAUACAUUAUAUAAAAUGUUCAGACUUAUCCGAUAAAAUGAGCAAGAUAAAACGAGUGAAUCUCUUGUACUUUGUGCCAUACAGUACUUUUUAGCUUAUUUAGCGUACAUAUUAAAUAAGCCAACGACUCUCGCCGCAAAAUGAUAUAUGCAUAUAUCAACACUAUUGUGAAUAGUAAUAUAAAAAUUCAAUUGUUGUUAAUUGUUGCCAAAUACACACGUUAGUCAUUGACAAUGUAUAAAUAAAUUAAACGAAAGAUUGGGCUUCUGCAAAGGCUCGACUCGAGUUCAAUAGUUGUUUCGCGUGAAUUUCUACGAAUAUGACAUAUUAUGUCCAUAUUGGAAUAAUGGCCAGUUUAGAGCUGAAUGCUCGGAACUUGAGGCUCGGUAAGCUCGGGCCACUCGAGCUUUUUGUAGAAGCCUAGACGAAGGACGAACCGACAACGUAUAGAUCGCAAAUGAAUUAUCGAGCAGAGAAACGAUAUAUCACGAAAGCAGAGACAGAGAGAACAGGUAUUUUCUACAUUGCGAGCGACGCCGCGGCGCGGUUCGCGCGCGCUCUCGACUGAGCGAAAUGGGUCACGAGGCGCUGUCCAAGCGCGAAAGGCAAAGCAAGGCGGAUCGGUGCGAAAAAAAGAAAAAAAAAGAGCGAGAAGGAGAAGGAGACGAGAGAAAAGAAUGGACAGCGGCGUGUGCGCGCACGCGCUUGAAAAUUCGACGCCGAUUGAAAUAGACGACCUAGGCACAGUUGGCCGUGGGAGCGUUGUCGCCGAUGGGCCUAGACGUUGUCAGUCCGCGGCGAGUGCGCGCCCGCCAACAAGUUGGCAUUUUCUUGCACGUUUUUCAUCUCUUUUUUUUCGCUCUCGCUUUUUCCGUUCGUUUUCUUUGCUCGCCGGUAACCGCGGCAAACGCGAGAUAAGCGCCGUGCCAACGGCCCGACACUAAAAUUAGCCGGCGAUUGCACAAACUGCUCACCGAAAUAGAGAGCCGACGGUCGUCGAGCGACGCGUGUGAUGUGUGACGCGGCUCUAUUUAAAAGUGCAGGCCCGAAUUAUCACGAUAGCCGCACGAUCCGCGUGCGUGUGUGCAUGUGUGCACGUGCAUCGAAUUUCAAGUUGUGUCAUCUAACACGUGCAGCUGCAACUGCGGAGCCGAAGCCGCCGACGUUGUCGAUUAUUAUUGCACCCUCUCACGCGCUCUUACGCGCUCUUACGCGCGCACACGCGACAGGUAUAAAAAGCCAACUCGUCAACAGACCGACUUUCAGUUAUCUUUAGUUUCUUUCUUCGCUCGUUGACCAUUGUGUUUGCCUUACCUGAGUGACUGAGUGUGUGUGUAUACCUACAUAUAUAGAGAUAUAUACACGAGACGAGUAGCCGCCGAGGAAGCGAUUUGAUCUAGACAUAUCAAUAACCAAUGCUCUGUUUGCAAUUACGCUCUUCGUUGACCCUCUUAGCCAACAAAGAAACCCAGUGCCCGAGCGAUCAAGUUGGAUCGGGGCUUUCGGGCAAGUAGCGGCCGAAGGCAAGUGGUGCUGAUAGUCGCGCGCGUGCGUCGUUCAGGCGGCAAGUGGUUAGGCGAGCGAGCGAGACCGGCCUGCAUUUUGAACUUUGGCCCAGUGGGUGAUCAACCUCUCCGCCUGCUCGGCCGCCGCUGGCCAAUACGAGCGCAAGCCUGCCACGCAGUGCUCACGCGACGCGAGUGACUCGACAGUGAGAGCAGCCGACGGGCCGGCGGACGCCGCCUCGGCGUGGAAUGAGGAUAACGAGCGACCGAGCGAUCGCGGACAGCGGCCGCGGCAGCGCGAGUCAGCGGGCGCCGGGGACCAUGGCCACUAGGGCGCCGCCGAGGCAGCAGCAGCGGCACCAGCAGCAGCGACAGCAGGAAGCAGUGCUCACGCGGACGGCGCGCUGCUCGCAGAAGGUGCGGAAGAUCACGGCGGAGAGCGGCGGAGGCGCGAGCGCCGGUGGCGCCAGGCAGCAGCGGCCUCGAAAUAGCGCAGACGGCGGCGGCGGCGGCGGCGGCGGCGGCGCAGUCCUGCAGUCCAGUAGCGCGAGCGCAGCGGGCCGCAACGCCACGGGACGAGCCGCCUCGCCCGUGCUCUCGCAGUCGGGCCGCCGCCAGGCCGCGCCUCCCCGGAGCCGCAGCCCCAGCCCCAGCACCCGCGGGCCCGCCGGCCAGCCGGCCCCGGCGCCGACCUCGCUGCUCGCGGGCCUGCUGCGCAGGCAGCGCCGCGCCGCCGAGCCCGCGCCCGCGCCACUCGGGCCGCAGCCUCGCAAGUGCGUGUCCUUCGGCGCGGACGCGGCCGAGCGCCCGCGGGCCGCCACCGGGCGGCCGCGCCGGCCGGCGCACGAGGCCAGGCUCUACCGCAAGGGAGUGCUGCAGGAUCGGCAGAGCCGCGGCUCGCGCGAGGCCGCCGCCGACGACGGCAAUCUGCCCUUGUCCUGGGAGGAGUGCCUGGGGGGGCCGCGGGCCCUCCUGGGGGCCGCGCACGACGCCGACGACGAGCUGGUCCAGCGGAUCGUCAACCUCGCCAACAAGGCGGGCCUGGGCAACAUCCAGCUGAACGCCCAGGACAACAGCGGCCGCACGGCGAUCAGCUACCUGGCGGGCAACGGCAGCGCGCUGGUGCUCGAGGCCUGCCUCGCGCUGCCCGGCUGCGACGCCAACCUGGCCGACAACGAGGGCAACGCGCCGCUGCACUUCGCCGCGCAGGCUGGCCAGACCGAGUGCCUCAACAUCCUGCUGCAGCGCUGCCCCGACAUCGAGGUGGACGCCAGGAACAACCUCGGCUUCACGCCGCUCAUGAAGGCCGGCCUCCAAGGCAGGACCAAGUGCGCCAAGAUCCUGCUGUUUGCCGGUGCCAAUCCUACGCUGCGGGACCACGGCCGCGGGCUGCGCGCGGAGCAGUGGGCCAGGUUCUGCUGCAGGUACGUGUGCGCCGACGUGAUCGAGCGCUUCGCCCGGCACCGGCUGCUCGAGAAGACGACCUCGUGCCGCUGGGGCAGCGAGCCCGAACUCGCCGCGCAGGUGCUCCAGGGCAAGCUGGUACCGGUGCCGCCGACGCCGGUGCAGGCGCCGCCGCCGGCGGGCGGCCUAAGGUCCAAGAUCCGACGGGUGUUCCGCACCACCUCCAACACGGACAAGACGAGCUUCUCGCUGGUGUCGCAGCUGACGAGCGCCGCGCUCUGCGCGAGCAGCCCGGUGCUGCCCAAGCCCGGCGACGUCUCGCCCGCGGUCAAGAGCCUCCUGCGCCCGCUCAGCGUGCCCCAACUGAGGAUAACGCUCGUUGCGCCCCAGGACGUGGUCGCCGAGAAAACGCCCGACAAGUGCAGUCACGGCACGACUUUCACCGAAAAAAUCGAAAGCACAAUGGUCAAACCACCACGAACGAAAAAGAACAGUAAAUAGUUAAAAAUCCGCGGCUGUUCUUCUUCCCUAUACACUGCGUCGCAUCCGCCCGCGCCUUGACAUCUUUAUCAUCCAAGAUUUAGCGCUGCUAUAUUCAACAUAACGGGCGCGAUGAUGCACUUUGCCGGCAUACGCUGCCCCCACUUGUUAAUAUAUCCUCACAUGCAUACAUAUGGUAUUUUCCUUGCAUUGCCAACCAAUUUAUCGUUCUAGCUGUAAACAACAAGUACUACGUACUUGAUCAAUUUUUACACAAGUGCCCGCUGUCUCUCUGUCGACAGACUAUAAUUAUACAUUGAUACAUGUACCAUUAUUAUCAUCCAGCGAAGUUAAUCACGUUCAUUUUGGUAUUAUACAAAAGUGUACAAUGCACAAGUUUGGUCCUGGCAUUUUUGUACGGAGAAACGUCAAACUGUUGUCUUAUAUAAUAUACAUAUACUGUUAUAUAUUUGUUUAAAUACAUUCGUUCCAACGUAUCAAUUGUAAAU